AUGAGACGAACAGUGGUAUCCGGGGGCCGCAGAUCGUGGUUCCGUAGUGCCCAAUGUCGGGCCAUCGGUCUGCAACGGCGACACUUUGCUGAUGUCGCUGAGGGUGUCAGGCCGUACGACGUCGUUGUAAUCGGAGGAGGACAUGCUGGCUCAGAAGCAUGCGCGGGUGCUGCGCGUUCAGGCGCAAGGACGGCGCUCAUCACCCCAAAGCUCGACAACAUCGGGGUGUGCUCAUGCAACCCUAGUUUCGGAGGGAUCGGAAAGGGGACGAUGCUGAGGGAAGUCGAUGCGCUCGAUGGUGUCGCUGGCCGAAUAAUCGAUAAAGCGGGUGUUCAAUUCAAGGUGUUGAAUCGAAAGAAAGGGCCGGCGGUCUGGGGACCUCGGGCGCAGAUCGAUAGAGAGCUUUACCAGAAACAUAUGAGAGAAGAAUUAGAGGCGUAUCCUAAUCUAUCGAUUGUGCCUGGCAGCGUGGCAGAUAUUAUCGUGGCGCGCGAUGAUGGCGAUGCCCCAGGAGGAAAAAUAACAGGAGUGCGACUGGAGUCGGGCGAGAUUAUCCCUACGAACCAAGUGGUAAUCACCACUGGUACCUUCCUGGGGGGGGAAAUUCAUAUUGGCCUGGAGUGCCAUCCCGCCGGACGCAUGGGAGAAGCUGCGACUUUCGGCUUGAGCAAAUCACUAAAGGAUGCUGGUUUCAAACUUGGAAGAUUGAAGACUGGCACCCCCCCACGGCUAGCGAAAAGCAGUAUCGACUUCAGUACACUUCAAGCUCAGCAUGGAGAUGACCCGCCAACGCCCUUCAGCUACCUCAACCAGUCAGUGACGGUCAAGGAUCAGUUACUUUGCUAUGCUACAUAUACAAAUGAGGCAUCGCAUGAUGUAAUCAGAGCCAACCUUGACAAGUCCAUCCAUAUCAGGGAAACUGUCAAGGGACCUAGAUACUGUCCAUCUCUUGAAUCGAAGGUUAUACGGUUCGCUGAUAAAGAGAGACAUAUUGUUUGGCUUGAGCCAGAAGGGUUCAACAGCGAUGUCAUCUAUCCCAAUGGAAUUUCCAUGACCAUCCCGGCGGAGGCCCAGGAACAGCUCCUGAAGACCAUUAAGGGCCUCGAGAAUGUUACGAUGCUGCAAGCUGGUUACGGGGUGGAGUACGAUUAUGUGGACCCAAGGAGUCUGAAGGCCAGUCUGGAGACGAAAGCUAUCCAGGGCCUCUUCUUAGCGGGUCAGAUCAAUGGCACCACAGGUUAUGAGGAAGCAGCGGCACAAGGAAUCGUUGCUGGAAUAAAUGCUGGCUUGGCAUCCCGCUCGCUUCCCCCUAUGGUGUUAUCCCGCAGUGAUGGAUACAUUGGCAUCAUGAUAGAUGAUCUCAUCACGAAGGGUGUCUCAGAGCCAUACCGAAUGUUCACUUCACGCAGCGAGUACCGGAUGAGUGCCAGAGCAGAUAAUGCCGACUUACGACUUACUGCAAAGGGACGAACUGCGGGUAUCGUUGGCGAUAAACGUUGGUCUUCCUUUCAAGAUGACCUGGCACAGAUGGAAGCCCUUAAGUCAGCCCUAAUAGAGAAGUCUGCCAGCGCCCCGGUCUGGUUAAGCAACGGCUUCAAGGUUGCCAAUGACACCUCACGGAGGACGGCGUUUGAUGUUUUACGUUUGGCAGAUGUUACCAUAUCCGAUAUGGCUACGGUCAUUCCGGAAGUCACAAAAUUCAAUCCCCAUAUUCAGAAUAGGGUUUGGAUUGAGUCGGUAUACGCCCCUUAUGUUGUGCAGCAGACAGCUGCUAUGAAAGUCUUCCAGAAAGACGAGAAUCUAAAGCUUCCUGUUGACUUGGACUACGAUAAAAUUCACGGCCUCUCGAUGCACGAGAAGUCUCUGCUUCAUAUUACCAAGCCUGAAUCCGUGGGGCAGGCGCGACGAAUCGAAGGCAUGACUCCUUCCGGACUUGUCAGAUUGUUGGCGUACGUGCGGACGAGAAACCGGAUGCUGAGAGACGGUGCUGCCAGCGCGGAGAGGGCUACCACGGGCGUGGAAUAUCGUCAGAGCUCUCAAUUUUCGGCAGCUGGGCAGACAUGGAGUGAUCCACUCCGCGAGGCUUGGUUUGCGCCUCCGUCAACUAGUGAGGCGCUGGAGAGUGAUGCGCUUGUAGGCAAUUUCUCCUCUAGCUCUCGAGAACCCUUCACAGCUGGCGAUACAUUAGAGGAUACUCCCAUCGCCCCAUGUUCUGGCCCGCACUUGCUCCAGUCUUUGUCCGCUGGCGAAACAUCCAGUCCAGAAGCCUUGUCAAACCCGGCUAUAGGAAAUCCCACAUCCGGCCAUAUCCUACCCCCUUCCGCCAACCCUUCCGGCCCUUUUGGAGCAGACCAUAUGGCUGCAACUCCUUCAGCCUCCCCUAUCUCUCUUAGCCCAACUCCUGUAAGGCGAGCAAAAAGCAUGAAACGGAAGCCAUCAGUUUCCAACCAGACAAGCAUGACUGAACGCCGUCGUAAAAGGUCUGGUCGGCCCUCUAUAUACGACAAGCAUCUGGAGGAAGAUAAUAAGGUCAUCGCAAGGCUCAAGGCGAACAAGGUUGCUAAUGACAGCAACCUCAACACUGCUUUACGGCCUUUGCCAACGGCCUUGUCGCUCCAGUACCAACAGCAGGAGCCGCAAGCGUUUUCACAGGGUCUUCCACCUCAAGCAUGCUGGCCACAGGCCCCUCCGCCAUUUCUCCCCGCUCCGGCACAACUAGAUUGGCAGCAGCCUCCUGUACCACAAUUCCUUGCCAUGUACGUGCAGCCGUUUCCACAGCAGUACCAGCCAACUUUGCAGCCAACUCCAGCACUACAAAGCCCUUACAAUUAUGGGCAGCCUCAUUUGGCAUCAGCUACAGCAUAUAUUGACCAGCAAAGCUAUCAGGCGCAGUUUAAUUAUAUUCCAUACCACCAUGACCCAUACGACUAUCUCACCAAUAGUCCGGAAUUUGUGUGA